GAGAGAGAGCGAGGGAGACAUCCCCCCUUCCUGUUGCUCCGUUGCCCUGCCUGUGACUGCCCACCCAGCCUCCUGGCAGCCAAAUCAUCCACCCCCAACAAACCCAGGAACGCCAUUCUCGCGAGCACAGAAGAGGGGAGGAAAAAUCAUAUCAUUCAACCUGUCCCCUCUUCUCUACCAAAAUCCUCCAAAAUCCCGAUCUUUAUUCCAGAAAAGAUCCUCCUUUUCUGGGUCGAUACAGAUACACGCAGCUAUUUAUAGCGUCUGGUCUCGUGGAUACGCUCGUUCUUGGGCUUCCCUGCGGGGCUGUUGAUUUGAGGGAGUCAAAUUCGCCUGCGGCUGAAGGGGGGCGCAUGGCGGAGGAGGAGAGGCGGCGGUUCGCAAAUCUGCGAAGCGUCCGGUGGCGGGUCGAUCUCGGCAUCCUGCCGGCGUCGCCUGAGGCCUCCGUCGACGAGCUCCGCCGCGCGGCGGCCGAUUCACGGAGGAGAUAUGUUAGUUUGAGGCGCCGCCUUAUGGUAGACCCACAUCUUCCGAAGGAAGAAGACAGAUCAUCCAACCUCGUCGUUGAUAACCCGCUCUCUCAGAACCCAGAUAGCAGCUGGGGCCGUUUUUUUAGAGGGGCUGAGCUGGAGAAGACUGUUGACCAAGACUUGUCCCGAUUGUAUCCAGAAGAUGGUAGUUACUUCCAAACGCCCAAUUGCCAGUCCAUGCUGAGAAGAAUACUGUUAAUGUGGUGCCUUCAGCACCCGGAGUGUGGAUAUCGCCAAGGAAUGCACGAACUACUAGCUCCUCUAGUGUAUGUUCUUCAAGUUGACAUUGAUAAACUGUCUCAAGUACGGAAGCUCCAUGAGGACUGUUUCAAUGAUGAUUUUGAUGGAGUGCCUUUCCCAGAUACCGAUAUGGUUUUCAGUUAUAAACCAAGAAAGGACUCAAAAUGGCAUUCUAGAGAUGACAAUGGCAAUGAUUCUGAAAGAACUUCCAAAGUUAACAGUCUUGAUGAGCUUGACAGGGAUACAAAAGAAAUAAUUUUACUUAGUGAUGCGUAUGGGGCUGAGGGUGAACUAGGUGUUGUAUUAUCUGAAAGGUUCAUGGAACAUGACGCCUAUUCGAUAUUUGAUGGUUUGAUGGAUGGAGGUAGCGGAGUGGUUCGCAUGGCAGAGUUUUUCUCAGCACCCAAUGUUGGAUCUAGCUCAAGCCUUCCACCUGUUAUUGAAGCCUCAUCAUCUUUAUUUCAUUUGCUUUCCAUUGUUGAGCCAUCUCUUCAUAGCCAUUUCAUUGAGCUAGAUGUGGAACCACAAUAUUUUGCUCUUCGUUGGCUGCGGGUCUUGUUUGGACGAGAGUUCUGCCUCAACGAUCUUUUAUUCGUGUGGGAUGAGGUUUUUGCUUGUUCCAAUGAUAUGCUGCUUAGAGAAAAUGAAGAAUACAACUUCAAGAUCUUGUGCUCAUCUAGAGGGGCAUUCAUUGCAGCCAUGGCAGUCUCUAUGAUUCUUCACCUUAGAUCAUCUUUAUUGGCUACUGAAAUCAAUACAUCAUGUCUUCAGAGAUUACUGAACUUUCCAAACAAUGUUGACGUGCAUAAGCUAAUUGAGAAAGCCAAAUCUCUGCAGUCUAUUGCUAUUGAUGCAAGCACGACAUCUCCAUCUUUCCUAUCAAAGAAGGAUAGCUAUGAUUAUGAUAGGGUUUACAGUAAUCUUGCUACUUCAACUCCUCCAAGGACCCCAUUGCAUCCAUUACCUGAGAGUUACUGGGAAGAGCAGUGGAGAAACCUGCAUAAGGAUGGAGCAGCUCCCAAGGAGAUUGAAAAGGUUCAAUCCUACAAGAGGUCAUUAAAGAAAUCUUUGAGCCAGAGGCUUGGUUUAUCUAGGACAGAGUCGGAUCCUUCUCCAGUUAAGGUAUUCAAUGUGAAGAAUGACACCAAGAGUUCAGUGAGACGUUGUCUUUUGAAUUCCUAUUCAGACUCUGAAGUUGCUGGAAAAAUUCAGCAUGAUGAAUUCCCUAUCAUCUCAAUUCAUAAGGAGCCUGUUGCAAGUGCUGAAAGGCCUUCACAUCUAAAGGUAAAGCCAGCAAGUGAGAUUUUAACAGUAAGUCAAUCAAGUGUGACAAAUGUCAAUCCUCUUAUUGACUCACCGUCAAAAUCUGCUGAUGAGAGUUCAACAAAAAAAGUAGAAAAUUGUUCAAGUGGUGAGAGUUCUCCUGUAUUUUAUGCGGCCACUGCUGGUAAUGAGCCUGAGAAUUGUCCUGACAAUGAUUCUGAGAGAAGUAGCAUCACUUCAAAUUCAUGUGCUGGUGAUGAUGAUAGGGAUGAAGUUUUGCAAGACGAGUCAUUCAGUGGUAGCUGCGAGAACAAAGUCGCCUUAGAAGCAACGACAUCUGAAAACAAUGCAGAUCCUGUUGGACCAUCCGAGAGAAGUGUGGUAUCUAAUGAAAGAAAGCCAUUCAUAAAUAAGCUACAAUGGUUCUUGAGGUUUGGCAGACCUUCAGGUGAAGGCAAUGUGGAGAAGGGCAGUGUCGAGAUAUCGGAUGAUAAACAUGGUGUUGUUCCUCCCAGCGCUUGCCCUCCUGAUGUGAGUUUAGAUAACUCCCGUGGUGGCGUAAACUUGGCUUCUGGUGAUAAAAAGGUCAUGGGCACACUCAAGAACAUUGGACAGAACAUGCUUGAAAAUAUACAGAAUGCUGUCCAAUCCAAUGCAUGGGAAUAAACGGUACCUGGAUGCGAUGUGCAGGUGAUCGAGUCAGCGUUCCAGCAAGACCGUGGCCAGCCAAGCGCCAUGGAGAACUUCUCAAACAACAUCCUUGGAGGAAAAGGGCAGGUGACAGCCAUGGCAGCUCUGACCGAGCUCCGCAAGAUCAGCAACCUGCUCCGCGAGAUGUAAUGUAAACACACCCAAGGCCCACGCCCCCAUUCUUUCCCGAUUCAUUAGCUCCUCGGAUAAGGAAGGCCCCCCUGUAGUUAAAAUUAAGGCGCCUAGGCCCCUCUGUAUAUAUAGAUUCGAUUCCAUUCCAUUGAGAGCCCGGUACGUAGAGGCUCUGCUGUACCUAAAGGAUCGGCUGUCAAUUGAGUUGCGCUUGAUGAGGGAGUAAAACUCUCUCGGGCGUUAGGAAGCAACUUUUUGAUGGAAGAACAAUUUUUUCCGCGUACAAAGAUUUCCAAGGUAGAAUAAACCAAUGGAAUAAGCUAUGUCCAAUGUGCAUGUAUCCCUUUUCCUA